UGUUAUGUGGGUGUUCGCGUCUUCAACCAGUGAUUGACUUCAAUGUAAGUAAUUGCCCUUCAGUAAUUCAGUAUGCCUCGAAAGAACUAUAGUAAGAAGGGGACUGACUUUUCUAGGCUCUCGCGAACUGGACAGGCUAAACGCCUUAAAAGUGUGUUGCCCUCGAGCAGUGACUCGGAGUCCGACAUAGACUCGGAAUCUUCCCAAACAUCAGAAGUCAGCGAUCAUCCGGAACCUCAGCUCAUCCAAGAGCCUCUUAAUGCUUGUGCUGUUGCUGGUCCUAGCACCGCCGACGACUCUCUCCGAAUCCCAAGCCCUGAAAACCCCUUCGAUUUUUCAGCCUCUUCCAUUCCUUCCCCUACCUUAAGUUCCCAUUUUUCAGAUGAAUCGCUUAGUUCGUUCGGCUCAGGCUCAAUUUCCUAUUUUGGUUCUAGUGAGUCAGGUUUGGACUUGGAUGUUCAAGGUGAUGCACCCAUCCCCGAAGAUGGUGACUCACCGAUCCCAGAGGACGAUGAUGGUGAUGUCUCUUCCGAUAGUGAAGAUGAAGACGGUGUUGCUUCUGUUGAGAAGGGGUUGAGAGAAUGGGCUAUCAAGCAUAAUAUCACUCAUCUUGCGCUAGGUGCUUUACUUAAAACGUUGAAAGAUAGUCACCCUCAUUGCUUUGCCAAAUUGCAUACAGAUGCUCGCUCAAUUUUGCACACUCCCCGAGAAAAAGUGGCUUUAAUUGAUGUUCCCCCUGGAAAAUACUUCUCAAUUACCAUAUCUAAACACCUAGAAUUCAUCCUUUGUUUACUGCCUGAUUCUGUUGUUGUCCUGCGUCUAAUGUUCAAUAUAAAUGGAAUAUCAAUUAAAGAAAGCAGUUUCAAUGAAAUCUGGGCAAUCACCUUCAACCUUCCUACGUUUGCACAACUGAGACACGCUGUUCUUCCGGUAGGAUUUUACGGAGGUUCCUCAAAGCCUGACAGUGUUGAGACUUUUCUUAGGCCGUUGGUAGAUGAAUUGAAGACCCUUCUUGAUAAUGGUUUUGUCUACAGAGGUCGAGUUGUUUCCAUAAAAAUUUUUGGCUUUGAUUAUGACACCCCAGCUCGAUCUUUUAUUCUUAGUAUUACUGGACAUGAAGGCUACUUUUCUUGCAUGCGAUGCAAAACAGAGGGGAUCGAUGCUGGUAACAAGAGAGUGUUUCCUGUAAUUGAUAGUCCUUUAAGGACUAACGAAGAAUUUAGGAAUAGGGAAGACACCCAUUUUCGACCACCUGGUACGUCAACUCCCCUACUGGAAUUAGAGUCUCUUCAUUUUUGCAACGAUUUCAUAUUAGACCCCAUGCAUCUUGUGUAUGGAGGUGUAAUGAAGUACUUGCUUUCUCAGUGGCUUGAUGGUUCUGUCCCUCAUAAAUUUUCUGUUCGACAACGGCAAGAAUUCAAAAAUGCUAUCCGAAGUAUGAAGGAUCAUAUCCCUAAUGACUUCUCCCGGAAAUUGCUAUCAAUAAAAAAAAAGAUAAAAUCUCAUUGAAAUGGAAAUCUAAAGAGUAUAGG